AUGACAAAUAUAGCUCUUAUUCAAGUAUUAAUUAAAGGGUUUAUUCAAGAAGCUAAUCAACAAUCUAUUCAAGAGGAUAUUCAAGAAGCCAUUCAAGUUGCUAUCCAAGAACCUGUUCAAAAGGCUAUUCAAAAACCUGUUAAAAAGAAUAGAGACUAUAUUAUCCAAAAAGCAGACAAAAGGAACAUAGGAAACAUGACUACAAAAAGAUGGAAAGAACUUGGUUUAAAUAAUAAUUGUUUAAAAACAAAUAACUUGGAUGACUGUAUAACUCUUUGUUAUGACCUUGAACAAUACAAUCCAAAAGAAUUUAGAGAGCAAGAAAAGUUAGAAAUAGCAGUUAAAAAAAGAGCUAUAGCUGUACAUUAUGCAAAAGUUUCUAAAUCUUAUUCAGAUAAUAGAAGUGAUAUAUAA